GUUAUCCACGUGUCUUGUGGCACUUCAAACUUUAUUAUAGGAAAAAAUUAAUAAACAGGACUCCAUUUUCUUCUUGUCUUUUCUUUCAAUGGUUUCUCAAAGUUUGGUGAACAUUUGGUUUUUGCCCAACAUAACUCUCAGUAUAUAUGCUAAAGCUUCCAUCAGCAGCAACAACAACAAAUAUCAGUUAAUUUUGUCCAUCAAAAUUAGCAAUAACAACAAGUAUCAAUUAACUCUUCCACGAACAAAUGAAAAAAAAUCACUUAAUAUUUUGUUUAUGCUGGAUUUGUCCAUGAACCAUAAUUCUGGGUGAUCGUUGCCUUCUCGAAAUGAAUGAUGAAGAUCAUAAACGGGUUAGCCAGAUAGUCCUCUGCAUUAUGAUAAUAGGUAUUACCUUUGAUCAUAAACUUGCCUUCUACGCGCUGCAAUCACGGCCUCAAGGCAAGCAAAGAUGUCCAGAAAAUGUUGAAACAACUUAUUUCAGAGAAACACAACAUGAGUUUGACAGCAACUUAGCUUCAUUCCACCAGGACCUCAUCACCUGCUUGCGCAGCAUCCCUGGAGAGAAUAAACAAGAACUCGUGUCUGAAAAUGAAAUCAUUCACAAUGUCAUGCUCAUCAUGGUCGCCGGAUAUGAAACUUCAUCUGUCUUGAUAACUUUCAUGGUUAGAGUUUUAGCAAAGAAUCCAAACAUUCAUGCAGCUUUCCUUAAAGGUAAGACUGCCUCUGAAUUUCAUUCAGACUGGAGUUACUCUUAUCUUUCGGGUUUCUUCUAAAUAAGUUGUGGGAAUGCAGACCAGGAAGGUAUUGCACAGAGUCACUCACUUGGGAAGACCUUGGCAAUAUGAAAUACACCUGGAGAGUGGCCAUGGAGACAAUGAGACCGUUCCCUCCCAUUUUUGGAGGCUUCAGGCAGACUGUAAAGGACAUCGAGUACGGAGGCAACCUCAUUCCAAAAGGAUGGCUAGUAAGAUCAAAAUCCCCAUCUUUGAUUUUCCAGUCUUCAACCUGUUAAUUUUGGUGGUACUCAGUCUUUUUCUGAUUGGCGUAAUCCAAAUUUAACCGCUGCUUAAUGGCUGCAUAUAUAUAUUCUGGGUACGGCUAAAACACACAUGAAUAGCUGCAUUUUUCAAAGAAGCAGAGAAAUUUGAUCCAGCAGAACACAGCAUCUUUGCCUCCUUACAACUUUGUUCCUUUUGGAGGGGGAGCCCCGUAUAUGUCCUGGAUACGAGUUUGCAAAGAUUGAAACUUUGGUCACAAUCCAUUACCUAAUAACACAUUUCACAUGGAACCUAUACUGUACAGACGAUUUCUUCAGCAGGGACCCAAUGCCAGUACCAACUCAAGGAUUUCCCAUUCAAAUAAUUCCCAGGAAGCCUCUCUAGUUCAAAAAAUUCAAUCCUACAAUCUUCUCAAAGAGGCAGCAGACUUCGUAAACCUUAAGACUCAUAAGAGGAAUAUUAUGCGAUAAGUUGAAGUGUAUUAUAUCACUCAACUCAUAAGGUUUUUCCCUUUGUCUUUCAACUAUUUAGUAACUUUAUGGUAUUUAAGCUUUAGCUUGAGCACAUCAACUAAUGAGAAGGCUUUGUUUUUUUUAAUAAUCGUAAUAUCAUAGCCAACUUGUGGGCAUCUCGACUAGCAAAGUCUUUGUAUCUGUUUGUCUUUUUAUAACCAUGAUAUUCGAGUCACCUCGACUAUCAAAAAGUUUUUGUACCUAUUAUGUGAGGUUGAUGGCAUAUUUAUUCUCUAUUUUCAAAUUUUGUGCACCUCGACAAUCAAAGUCUUUGUAUCUUUUUGUCUUUUUAUAACCAUGAUUUAGUAGAUGUAAAAACUUAUGAAUUGGUGUAUACAGCCGGCUGAAAAUGUACUUUUAUUGAAUACAAUGGGAUUGCUUUUUCGAGUUUUUAACUAUAGUUUUGUGAUACACUUGACUUUGCUUUUUCAUGGUGUAUCAAUCUAACAAAACAAUUAUUGGAUCAUGAUUAUUUAUUUUCAAACACAAAAAGAAAAAGAUAAUGUCCGAAACAACUUGUGCACACCUUGACUAUUCAAUUAGAUACCUACUAUCUCCCACCAACACAAGUACCAGAGUACUGGACAAAGUACCUAUGUUGUAUCAAUUUAUCAAAUAAAUUAUCAGAUGUAAAGAUCAUCACCAUUAUCAUGACAUGAUUGAUUUGGACUCUGCACUACUUGUUUUCAAUUAUAAAAUAAACCACAAUUGUCCUAUUUACCAACACUCUUCCUGUACGACAUGUUGGUCGAGUUAAAGUAUAGUUUGGUAUAUCUCUAUGUGGUAUAUACCACAAUCACUGGAAAGUAUAGUUUGGCAUAUCUAGAUGUGGCUUAUACCAUAAUUACUGAAAAGUAUAGUUUGGUAUCUCUAGAUAUGGCAUAUUUGUGUUAUAAGAUACCAUACUGGAGCUGAGAUACUUUUCCAGAAACCAACAAAGUUAACAACACAAGAAAAUUAUAUAAAAUACUUCUACUUCCUAAGCUCAUUACCUUUAUACCUUCAAUCAUGAACUUUAUAGUAACUAUUUUCCUAUUUCUACUCCCGGUAUUCCUCCUCCUUGUUCGGAGGAGGAGAUCAUUGACGAGGGUUCCACCAGGAUCCCUUGGAUUUCCGAUCAUCGGUCAAAGUUUUGGGAUGCUAAGGGCAAUGAAAGCCAACACAGCAGAGAAAUGGCUUGAAGAAAGAGUACAGAGAUAUGGUCCUAUCUCAAAGCUAAGCCUCUUUGGCAAGCCCACUGUAUUCAUUUAUGGACAGGCUGCUAACAAGUUUGUAUUUACCAGUGAUUGCUCUGUCCUCACUAAUCAGCAGCCACAGUCAGUCAAGAUGAUUCUGGGCAAUCGUUGCCUUUUGGAACUCAAUGGUGAAGAUCAUAAACGGGUUAGAGAUGCCCUGGUAUCGUUCUUGAAGCCAGAUUGUCUUAAGCGUUAUGUUGGAAAGAUGGAAGAAGAAGUCAGAAUCCAUGUCGAGACUUACUGGAAAGACAAGCAAAUAAUUAAGGUAUUACCUUUGAUGAAGACACUCACCUUCAACAUUAUUUGCUCUCUCCUUUUCGGGCUUGAACGUGGAGCUCAAAGAGACCAAAUGAUUCAUUAUUUCCAGCAGAUGAUAGAAGGAAUUUGGUCAAUCCCUAUAAACUUGCCUUUUACGCGCUUCAAUUGCAGCCUCAAGGCAAGCAAAGAUGUCCAGAAAAUGCUGAAACAGCUUGUUUCUGAGAAACACCAUGAGUUUGACAACAACUUAGCUUCAUCCCAUCAGGAUCUCAUCACCUGUUUGCUCAGCAUCCGUGGAGAGAACAACCAAGAACUCAUAUCUGAAACUGAGAUCAUUCACAACGUCAUGCUCAUAAUGGUUGCUGGAUAUGACACUUCAUCUGUCUUGAUAACUUUCAUCGUAAGACUUUUAGCAAAGUAUCCAAACAUCUACACAGCUGUCCUUAAAGAACAAGAAGAGAUAGCAGAGACCAAGUCACCUGGAGAGUCCCUAACUUGGGAAGACCUUGGCAAGAUGAAAUACACAUGGAGAGUGGCAAUGGAGACAAUGAGAAUGUUCCCUCCCAUUUUCGGAAACUUCAGGCAGACUGUAAAAGACAUUGAGUAUGGUGGCUACCUCAUUCCGAAAGGAUGGCAAAUAUUCUGGGUAACGACUAAGACACAUAUGGAUAGCAGCAUUUUCCAAGAACCAGAGAAAUUUGAUCCAGCACGUUUUGAGAACUCAGCAUCUUUGCCUCCUUACAACUUUGUUCCAUUCGGAGGGGGAACCCGUAUAUGUCCUGGAUACGAGUUUGCGAAGAUUGAAACCUUGGUCACAAUCCAUUACCUAGUAACACAUUUCACAUGGAAGCUAUGCUGUACAGAUGAUUUCUUCAGCAGGGACCCAAUGCCUGUACCAACUCAAGGACUUACCGUCCAAAUCGUUCCCAGGAAACCUCUAUAAUUCAAUGAAUUCAAUCAUACAAUCACACAUUCUUCUUCAACAGGAAGUGAGUUUUGUCAACCUCAAGACUCCAUAUUAUGAUACAUUGCUGUUAAAAGUACACUAAAACUAGACUGGGUUUGACAUCAAAUUUGAAUCUCCUAAGGGGAAUACUCACUAUAUUAUGAUGUAUUCAUGUCAAAAGAUGUACACUUUUAAGGCCUGACAAUCCAGCCGCGAUUAUUGAAACUUUAUAUUUGAAAGUUAAAAGGGCUAAAAAUUAGAUAUGAGAAAUUGGAACUUCAACAUGCAUAAGCACAAUUCUUCUUUUCUCUAGAUUUAGCUAUUACAGCUCAAAAGUUAUAUAACUUCUUCUUUUUCCUAUGAAGCUUAAAGUUAUACAACUUUUGUUUACUGAAACUUGAAAACUAAAAGUUGGAUGUAAAAGAUAAAAUUUUCCGUGGGGUCCGAGGAGAGUAGAGUGUAUGCAAAUCUUAACUUUACCUCGUAGAGAUAGAGAGGCUAUUUUCAGUUGACCCUCGGCUUAUAUAAAGCAUUUCCAAGCAGUUUGUAAAAUGGAAUUCAGAAAUGAGUAGGAAAGAUGAAAUUUUCCAAACAUACCCAGUGUAAUCCCACAAGUGGGGUAUGAGGAGGAUAGUGUAGACCGACCUUAACCCUACCUCGUAGGGUUAGAGAGGCUAUUUUCAAUAGACCCCAACUUACAACAAAGCAUCUCCAAGCAGUUUGAAAAAUGGAAUAGAGAAACGAGAGCAGGAAAGAUGAAACUUUUCAGGGGCAUAUUUGAGCACUUGUUAGUCCUUUCAUGUUAUGUAAUUGAUUCUUGGGUAAUUUGUCAAAAUUUUGAGGUUGGCACUGAAACAACUUUACUAUAGAAAAAUUGAGUGUAGAUAUCUUAAGUUACAAAGGCAGAAAAAA